AUGAAGCGGCCACUGAGCCCCUCUCCCCCGGGUGAGAAAGAGCCCCCCGUAUCUGGAGCUACGGAGUGCCCCCCUCGGCCCCCAGAACUGCCUAAGCCCAAGCGGGAAAGAAAACGGCCAUCCUACACGCUCUGUGACGUCUGCAACAUCCAGCUGAACUCAGCAGCCCAGGCCCAGGUGCACUGCGGGGGGCGCGCCCACCAGCGGCGGCUAAGGCAGCUCAGCUUGGGGAAGACCCCCACAGGGCCAGGCCCAGCCUCCAGUGCCCCCAGCCCCCUGCUGGCCUCCCUGCCCCUGCCUGCCAGGCCUCUGCAGCCCCCGCUGGACUUCAAGCACUUGCUCGCCUUCCACUUCAAUGGCGCUGCCCCGCUCAGUCUCACCCCCAACUUCAGCACGAUGGACCCGAUCCAGAAAGCUGUCAUCAGCCACACAUUUGGGGUCCCCUCCCCUCUGAAGAAGAAGCUCUUCAUUUCCUGUAACAUCUGUCACCUGAGGUUCAACUCAUCGAACCAAGCUGAAGCACAUUACAAAGGCCACAAACACGCCAGAAAACUCAAGGCUGUUGAAGCUGCCAAGAGCAAGCAGAGGCCACAAACCCUGGCCCGGGAUGGGGUGCUGGUGUCCCCAACCCCGACUCCAGCCAGUGGAUCCCCUGGAGAGCCGCAGAGCAAAGCAGUUCCUGCGGCCCCUCCUCCUGGCCCCCAACUCCAGCCACUGCUGACUCCGGACCCCAAACCCAGGGAGCUGGCCAACUCAGACCUCUUGGAUGCUGCCUCCUCUUCCUCUUCUUCCUCUUGUCUACCCUGCUCCCCAGAGCCUGGGAGAGAGGCACCAGGACCUGAGCCAGCAGCAGGGGCUGUGGGAAGCGGUGUGAGAGGGGAGAGCAGGAUCGAGAAGGGGCACCUCUAUUGCCCCACGUGCAAGGUGACCGUGAACUCUGCCUCCCAGCUUCAGGCUCAUAACACAGGAGCCAAGCACCGGUGGAUGGUGGAAGGUCAACGAGGUGCUCCCCGAAGGGGCCGAGGCCGCCCAGUGCCCCGGGGAGCUGGACACAAGGCCAAGAGAGUGGCAGGGGGUCAGGGGGUCCGACAGGGGCCCAGCCCCCCUUUUCACUGUGCUCUGUGUCAGCUCCAGGUCAAUUCAGAGACCCAACUCAAGCAGCACCUGAGCAGCAGGAGGCACAAAGACCGCCUGGCUGGGAAGCCCCCCAAGCCGUCCAGCCAGCACAGCAAGCUGCAGAAACAUGCAGCGCUGGCUGUGAGUAUCCUCAAGUCAAAACUGGCCUUGCAGAAGCAACUCACCAAGACGCUGGCGGCUCGCUUCCUGCCCAGCCCCAUCCCCGCCGCGGCCGCCGCCAUCUGUGCCCUGCCGGGGCCCCUGGCCCUCCGGCCUGCCCCCACAGCAGCUACCACCCUCUUCCCAGCUCCCAUCCUGGGCCCAGCUCUGUUUCGUACCCCAGCAGGAGCCGUCCGCCCUGCCACAGGGCCCAUCGUCUUCGCCCCCCUACUAGGCUUCCUGGGGGAGCCAGGGCCCAUUUUACAGCAGUUGCUGUCCCCUGCCUCCUCUUCCCGAGAUGCCUGUUUCCUCCAUCCCCCAGGAGAUUGCCUUUUACAGCUGAGGGCUUCCUGUCCCAUCUAGGAAGAGCCGGGCUAGUUUCAAGGGUACAUGCCCUUUACCCAGUUU